AUGCUAAAUAAAUAUGAAUCUUCAUUCAUAAAGUUCGAUGCGUCAGAGAAUGUAUAUGGUGAUAAUCUAAAAGUAUCUAUUCCUGAUUUUAGCGAAGGUUUUAAUUGGAUUGUUUUAUGGAUUUUAUUGUAUCAAGAGAGGUUUCGAUUAUCUGACAUGACUACUGACACUUUGGUCAAAUUCAUUAGAUAUCUCCUAGUUAACCUAAUCGCAAAUACUUAUAAUUCUUUUCUAACAUCACUAUAUAUGACACGUAAAAGUCUUAGUGUUUGCGCUCACAUUAUAAAAUAUGCAGUAUGUGAAAAAUGCUGCAAACUAUAUAAUGUAUCAGAAGUAUCAACUGAUGAAUAUAGCCAAGUUCUAACUGCCAGUCAGUGUACUUAUGUAGAUUUUCCAAAUCAUCCAAUGGCAAACCAAAGGGUACAAUAUAGUGUUAAAUUUGCUAAGAAAAUUCCUAUUACAAAUGGAAUAGUAUAUUAUCCCUUCAUGGUAUUUCUAAUAGUUAGUUUAAAGCAUCAAUUGCAAUUAAUGUAUAAUCAGAAAGGGUUUAAAGAAGAUGUGGAAGAAUUAGCUGGAAUAGAUUCAAAAUCCUUUUCGGACACUUUUCUUAAUCCUAAAAAUACAAACAUAAACCUUUUGAAAGAAAUAUUAGAUUUAUUAGUUGAGUAUUACUGCAAUGCUUAUGAUAGAGAUUUUGCAACGCUAUCAGAUAUCCAUAUCACUUCACCUAAUGCUAUACCAGUACUUCUGAGGGUAAAUAUUUAUGGACAGUUGCAAUUUGACUCUGAAGUUUUUAGAUCAUUAUAUUCUAAAAGACACGUUAAAUCAGCUAAAAUCUUAUUCCAAUUUCUCCAUAAUAAUACUAAAGACCUUUAUCCUGAAAUUGUUCAAUUUUAUUUUGAACACAUUAUGCAUCUUUCAGAAGGAUCCAAAAAAUAUUUGUUAGUAUUUGUAAAGUGGUAUCUUCUGGCAAAAAAUUAA